GGUUGAUCAAUCAGUUCCACCGGACGGUCGUGAUGUAUCGUUGGCAGGCAUACGCGCUACUGCUGCUGUCUAGCGGCGGUGUCAUUAGCUUGACACUGGGCAGCGUGUUUCAAGUGUUUUCUGUACCCUUGGAAACGCUGGACGUCGAUGGGUACUGUGAUCGAUUAGAGAGCGAGCUUGCGGCAACGCGUACUUCGAUCAUUUUGCUACAAAUUGGACGACCAAGCAAGGCGUACGAAGUUGUAUCGGGCGAUCGAAAUACGACCAGAUCUUCGCACUGUGAGUUCCUCGAGAGUGACGUGCGGGUUGGUGAGGAUCCUAACGCAAUGGAACUGAUUGUGCAGAAAAUUCAGGACAGCGUUAUCGCUGUAAAAAGGCAUCUCAUCGUGGAGUACAUAACCCUUCUCACACUGGACGGUGAAUAUCUGCUGACCCUUGAGCGUACCGGUGACUUGGAAGAACCGAUCGGACUGGAACCAAAGUUUGGUGGCGAUAGUGCGAAAGAGAAGCUGCUGCUUUCACUCGUCGGUGGUGGUAGUGGUGGGCGUGUUAAGAGUUUCGAGCGACUUAAAAAACCCUAGCCCGUGUUCGACCUUCGCAUCAAAGAUGGCAGGCAUCAAGAAUGUUCACGUCCAACUGCGCCUCGACCUCGUAGCGGUAUUCGGUGUAACCCGGAACCCAGGUCUAAUCUUCAUCUAAUCCCGUCCGACCGAAAACCGACCAAAUACCCCACCGAAAGACAAACAAAUCCAAUUAUAAUUUAUUACAAGAAGCGAUAACAUAUAGCCGUACGUAGUUCCGGGCUUAAAUCGUCACAUCGGGUUAAGAGAGCGAGGGAUCUCUUCUCAAUCUAUCUACCCACCGAGCAGCUUCCCCGGACCACGCUCAAAGCCGGUAAACUUCGAAUAAAUAUUAGCCCAUGCUGCUGCACCUCCUUCAGGCCACCCACCAGCUCACCUGCCCACUUCCCGCGUGUCCGAAGCGUUCCCAAAAAGUAUGAACAUUGAACCGAAAGUAUUUCCUGCCCAGGCUUUUUAACCUUUAUCAUUCGGCCCGGUAAGCCUUUCUCCGGCUACUGCUACCAUCCAUCUCUAAUCAUUCGACCCGAGUGUGAAGAAUCACCACCCCUCUCCCCCAACCAAACUCCAUUCACACAAUCAACCACACAGGUUUUCGGGCCGAUUCUUGUGGCAAAGAGCCGAAGGAAACCGCACCACCUUCACUUCACCCCCGGGGGUGGUUUUUCGGGGAACGUUCCUCAAAGCUGGGAGGCCGAAUGCGCUGGCAUCUUCGAAGUAAACUUAAUUGAAUGAAAUUAAUAAUAAUAAAUUUAUUCGUGACUAAACUAACUUGACCGUACUUUA